AUGUCUUCUCUAUUCGUGCCUGGCUACUCGCAGGUUACGCUCUACUCGACAUCCCGCAGCAUGAUGGCGAUGCUGCCUCCGACUACCUCGGACCUGACCAUGGUUGACGGCGUGUUAUUCGAGUAUGAAGACGAGGCUACACGCCAGCCAUUCGCCGUUCAGACAUGGACCUCAUAUCUGCGCGCGCUGGCCGACGCCCCGCUCACCGACCGAUGCCGAAUCUACGAGCGUAGUCUCCAAUCUCUCCCGCGCAGCUACAAGCUCUGGAAACUCUAUCUGAACGACGUGUACGACACACAAGUGCGAGGACAGCGCGUUGACUCCCCACUGUUCACACAACUAGUGGCUCUGUACGAACGCGCAUUGGCGCAGCUAUCCACAAUGCCCAGACUGUGGCUCGACUACCUCAAUGUACUACAUGAGAUGCGCGUAGUGACUGCGCGUCGUCACGUGUUCGACAGAGCGCUCCGAGCGCUGCCAAUUACCCAACACCACCGCAUCUGGACGCCGUAUCUAGCCUUCGUCAAGCAGAUCGGCGUACCCCGCACAGCUGUGCGUGUGUACAAACGAUAUUUGAUGCUGGAACCGUCAAAGAGAGGGGAAUUUGUCGACUAUUUAGUGUCAAUAGAGCACUACGAAGAGGCCAGCUUGCAGCUGGUGCAACUAAUCGAGUCGACGCAGGAGAAGCCAUCAAGCACAGACCGCACACAGCACAGUAUGUGGAUGCAGCUCUGCGAUAUGGUGUCGCAACACCCAACGCGUGUGGCAAAGUCGCUGGAUGUGGAAGCGAUUCUACGAAGUGGCAUGACUCGCUUUAGUGACGAGGUGGGACGACUCUGGUGCUCACUGGCGACGUAUUUUGUGCGGCUGGGAAUGUUCGAGUCGGCACGAGACGUGUAUGAAGAGGGUAUUCGCACGGUGGUGACGGUGCGCGACUUCAGCAUGAUCUUCGACGCGUACGUUAAGUAUAUCGAAGCGAUGCUGACAGCAGAGAUGGACCUCGCAGCUGGAGCCGAUGACGAGGACGACGAAGAAGAAGACGAAGUGGACCAUCAAGCACAAGUCGAUCGGCUGUUAAAGGUGUACGAGGAUGUGGCCGAGCGACGUCCGUUGCUGCUCAACUCGGUUCUUUUACGUCAGAACCCGCACAACGUACGUGAGUGGGAGAAACGAAUUGAGCUGGUCAAGGCGGACCUGCAGAAGGUCAUUCGAACCUACGCUGAAGCCGUGAAAACAGUGGACCCUGUCAAAUCCGGUGGCCGCUUGCCGACGCUUUGGAUCCGAUUCGCCAAGUUCUACGACGAGCAUGGAGAUUUGAACAACGCGCGUGCGAUCUUCAAGAAGGCUGUGGAUGUGGAAUACCGUAACCCUCAGGAGCUCGCUGCGGUGUACUGCGAGUGGGCGGAAUUGGAACUUCGUCACGAGAAUUUCGACCAAGCGCUGGAGAUUGUACGUGGAGCUUGUGCCAUCCCAGCGACACGUACGAUUCGACUUCGUAAGCGACAGUCAUUGACAGCCAAAGACAACGUGCACCUGAGUGUAAAACUCUGGACUUUACGUCUGGAUCUCGAAGAGAGUCUGGGAGAUCUCGAGUCCACUCGUGCUGCCUAUGACGAAGUGUUCGAGCUGAGAAUCAUCACGCCACAGAUGGUGCUUAACUUUGCGGCCUAUCUGGAAGAGAGCAAGUACUUCGAGGAGUCUUUCCGUGUGUACGAACGCGGUCUGGCACUCUUCCCUAAGUUCCCGCAUGCAGGAGAACUGUGGCAGACGUACCUGACGAAGUUUGUGAAGCGAUUUGCUGGCACCAAGAUGGAGCGAACUCGCGAUCUGUUCGAGCAGGCGAUUCGUGCUGCUCCAGCGAAAUCUGCACGUGGAUUCUACGAGAAAUACGCCGAGUUUGAAGAACAGCACGGCAUGCUACGCAACGUCAUGACAAUUUAUGAGCGCGCGGCCGACGCUGUUCCAGACGACGACAAGUUGUCCAUUUACGAAAAGUACAUUAAGAAGGCGCAGAAGUUCUUUGGCGUGGCCAAAGUACGGGACGUGUAUCAGCGAGGUAUUGCCCAGCUGCCCGAUAAGUGUGUCCCGAAUCUGUGUCUCAAGUUUGCGCAGAUGGAGACGAAACUGGGCGAAUUUGAUCGCGCUCGAGCCAUUUACGCUCACGCGUCUCAAUUCUGUGACCCACGUCAGCAUGAAAAGGCAUUCUGGAAGGUGUGGCAUGAGUUCGAGGUCUCUCACGGCUCCGAGCAUACGUUCCUCGAAAUGCUGCGCAUCAAGCGCUCGGUGGUGGCUCAAUACUCCCAGGUGAACUACGUGGCGUCUGAAAUCGCUCCUCAGGACGGAGAGACGUCGAAGAUUGCAGGGAUGGUGGCAGCGUCAACGCCUGCAGCUGCUGGAGAUGCCAUGGCUGCUUUGGAGGCGCAACUUGAUGUGCCGUCAGCUGACGAAGGCGACGCUGCGAAGAAGCGGAAAGGAGAGACGAUGGAGUCUGAAAAUGAACGGAAUGUACGUCAGAAGCAGAUUGUGGAGGUGGCGAAUGAAGAAGAGAUCGAUUUGGACGACGAAGACGACGACGCAGAGGAAGAAGCGGGAGGAGAUGUCGAUAUCGAAGAGCGCGAGGUGCCGUCAACUCUACUGGGUGGAGGCAUCAAGGCGUCAGAAUGA